UCUUCUUCUUCUUCUUGUUCUCCCAUCAACCCGGGGAAAACAGUAAAAAGAAGAAGAAGAACUAUAUAAAUAUAUAUUGUGUGGAUGCAAAAAGGAAGGAAAAAUUAGCAAAAAUAAGUCCUUUUUGUCCCUUCCGGAGAGGAAUUCUCAAUCCUGUGUGGAAAGACGUGAAGAUCAGUUAAGGAGGAGCAUCUAACACUAACCAGGGAAUUGUAAUUUGAAAGAAAAUCAGGGAAAAAAAAGAAUUUGAAGGAAGUGUAAGCAAAUUGAGGAUGAGCAUCUCGGCGGAGGAGAAGACGGAGAUGAAUGAGGACGCACUGUUCUACCUGAUGAAGUGGCACAACUUCCAGAAGAAUGUUAGUAUUCAAUUUGAGAGGCUGCGCGAAGAGGAGGAUCUCGUGGACAUUACCUUCGCCUGCGAGGGUCGUCAAAUUAGGGCGCAUAAGCUGGUGCUCUUUGCAUGUAGUCCCUACUUCAAGCAACUCCUCAAAUCCAAUCCCUGCAAGCAUCCGGUUUUCUUCAUGAAUGACGUCAAGUUUGAAGUUCUAAAGGCUAUUCUGGAGUACAUGUACCUCGGUGAGGUGCACGUAAGCAAUGAUAAUCUUAAGGAAUUCAUGAAGGUGGCUGAGAGCCUCAAGAUUCGUGGACUUUCAAAGGAUAAUAAGGAUCGUCUUAUGAGCAACUCCCUGGCAUCCCACAUUGAGCAACACAUGGAAUUUGAUUCGGAUCUCGGAGAGGAACAGCAUUUGGGGCAACAGACACCAAGGAAGCACAAAAUGAUGGAGGAUGUGGCUGUAAUGGAGGAACAGAGAACAACAAAAUGUGCCAAAACGGAGAAACCGGGAAAUGAGGGAAUGGUGCCAAAAGUGGAGAUGGUUGAACUAUUCCAUGCAGAACAACCCCAGCCCACGUAUUGCAACAUUCAAACCCUCCUUAUUGGCACACCCACCAAUCCCGGGGAUAAAACCCUCACAAUUGCCGUCCCACCAACUACAGCAAAUCAAAUGACACAUCACCCACAGAAUCCUCCGGAAGUGUUGCCUGAGCACAAAAUUCAAAUGACCACAGACGGCACGUGGAUGGAAAAAGCGCCACAGGCUGUGGAGCCAUCAUCAAGUGGGAAUGUUCCUGCGGACAAGUGUCGCGUAAAGGGUGCAAAGGCAAAUUGUCUCUCCCCUCAUCCAUGUCCUGUUUGUUCCCGCCUCUACAGCAAUGUCUCCAAUCUCCGGCAGCACAUGCGUUUGAUUCACAAUCCCACGGCUGUUGUGUGCAACAUGUGCCAGAAAACCUUCAAUUCCCAGCUCUACCUCAAGCGACACAUCUCAUCUGUUCACGGCUACACGGCUAAUGGGCAACAAGGACAGGCCGGUGGUGUAAUAAGCAAUGAACGAGAGGACUCCAAACCACCUGCUCCAAAUCAGCAGCAACAGCAGCAGCAGCAGCAGCAUACUCAAGCAGCUACAACGUGGAAUAUCUAUGAGACAAUGGAGAAUCCCAAUCCAAUAAUAACCCAGUGAAUCUACUCACAGCAACUCUCUCGUCCCACCACCUUAAUUUAAUUUUGUUUUACAUUAUGCUAUGUAUAAUUCUAGAGUUAGAAAAAAAUAAAUUAUGCUUAAUUAACACCUAUAGAAAA